AUGUUCCGAUCACCCCAAGGACGCCAACAGCCGGUGACAGUGGACGAGUCAUGGACGUACGGAUGGCCAACCAGUCCAGCGCCUGACAGCACAGCGCCUACGGAUGUCCCGGCCGCGGAGAAGGAAGACCCGGACAUGGGCCAUACAGACGUGUACCUGCACAACGCUCCGGCCCUCCCCAAACACCCGACGUUCAAGGGAUCGACCAAGGAGGAACGCCGUACGUUUAUGGCCGCGUACAACUUGUACAUCAGCCAGACAGCAGCCCUUACCGUCAAUGGGACUAAACCGUUCGUCAUGCCGGUGAACGCAUGCAUCGAUCCAGCUAGCAAGCAACGUAUUGCUGAGUGGGAUAUGGGUAAGGACCCGUAUGAAUUGACAGAAGCCGAAUGGGUUGCGCGGUUCCGGCAAGGUUAUGACGUCGACCCACGGGCGCUGGACACACUCAAGUAA